UCACAGUCCUGACAUCAGCACCGAGCUUAAAUACCCGCACACAGAGUAGGAGCGUGUACACACAAGCAAGCGCACCUCCAUGCGGGAUAAAAACACUUGAAGUGAGCAGCAAGUCGCACCCGAUGCUCUUUCUGAUCUUUGUUGCUUGCUUUGUUUUGGGAUGAUCAAAAGUAAAAACUCUUUCGGCCGUUUGCUGUUGUUGUCGUUAUGGUUUAUUUUUCCUAAAUGAUGAUCAACGACACCGCGGCGUUGGACGCAAACGGUUCGGAGUCGGCUCUCUCUCUGGGGCACAACCACAGCGCGUUCCCCACGCUGAGGCUCGAAUCCCGGUCACUGGUCACCUCGGCCACCAUGUUCGCCGUGGGCGUCCUGGGGAACGUGAUCGCCAUCGUGGUCCUGUGCGUGUCCAAGAAGGAGCAGAAGGAGACUACUUUUUACACGCUGGUGUGCGGCAUGGCCAUCACGGACCUCCUCGGGACGUGUUUCACCAGCCCGGUGGUGAUCGCCACCUACGUGGCCGGCCGGUGGCCCGGCGGAGCGCUUCUUUGUCACUUCUUCUCCUUCUCCAUGCUCUUCUUUGGCUCGGCCGGCAUGUCCAUCCUGUGCGCCAUGGCCGUGGAGCGAUACCUGGCCAUUAAUCACGCUUACUUCUACUCCCAGCACAUAGACAGGACCAUGGCGCGUUUCGCCCUCCUCGCGGUCUACCUGGCCAACAUGGUCCUGUGCGUCAUGCCCAGUUUCGGCUUCGGGCAGCAUGUUCGACACUUCCCGGGAACUUGGUGCUUUCUCGACUGGAGGGCGACGGAUCCUCUGGGUGCCUGCUACUCGUUCUUGUACGGCGGGGUGAUGCUGCUGCUCAUCGCCGUCACGGUGCUGUGCAACUUGGCCGUGUGCAAGUCGCUGGUGGGCAUGAACCAGAGGACCGGGAUCGUUCGAGCCGAGCCGUGCGAGCAGGGCGGCUCCCGAAGACGCUUCCCACGGUUCCAGUCGGUGUCCUCGGCGGCGGAGAUUCAAAUGUUCUGGCUGCUCGUUUUUAUGACGAUCGUUUUCCUGGUGUGUUCCAUCCCUCUAGUGGUGAGAAUAUUCGUGAAUCAGCUUUACGACCCUGCUUAUAUUUCCGCCGGAGGGAAGCCCGACUACCGCAGCGACCUGUUGGCCAUUCGCUUCGCCUCCUUCAACCCCAUUUUGGACCCCUGGGUGUACAUCCUGUGCCGGAAAAACCUGCUUUUGAAGGGCUGCGGGAAGUUGAAGCGGGCAGUGACCCGUGUGAAAGAAAGCAGCGGAGAACAUCUCGGUUGGGUCGGAGGUCAGGACUCCCCUCCGUCUUUCAACACAAACGACACCACCUACUCGUCGAUACGCCGGAAAGAUGCGGGGCAGCGAGCGGCCACCGAGGAAAAGCCUUCCUUCACCCACUUGGCCAUGAGACACGCCUGGGACUACGACACAGCUCGAGUCAACUUCCACCCGUUCAGCGUGGAAGCAAGUGCGAUACCUAAAGACGAAAACAAAGUUGAGGCUGAUGCAAAGCAGCAGCAGAGCGAUUCGGCGGAGGCCUCACCGGGACAGCCCACUUGUGCGCAUGUCAGGACAGGCGAGAUGGUCACGUGCACGUUUAGCACCCCGAGUUCCUGUCAGUCGGUCAAAUACCUCUAAGGCAGUGUUUCUCAUGCCUUUACUGAACCAAGGCAUUUAUUUUAAAUUUUGGAGAAAAAAAUGUCACGACACAUCCAGCCAUUAUGAUGAUCUCAUCUCAUUUUGCAUGAUUGGCAAAAUGUGGAUAUGCGUUAUGUAUCGGCGGAGAUUUAUAUGCCACUGUAUGUUGCUGCCAUUGACAGAUAAACAAUGAUAUAUUAUUUGGAGUAAAUACAAAGUUAAAGUGGAACAUUUUUCACAGCACUUCUGAUCUCUGAUGACGCUCUGAGCCAUGGCACAGGGGUUGGGAAUCACUCCUAUCAUAAAUGUAUGAUGAACUCAUUCACUCCCAAAGACGUUUUUAAACGUCUUUUCAGACUUGGUCCAGAAUUGGCCGGUACUGAAUGAGUUAAUAAUAAUGGAUCUUUUGCAGCCUGCAUAAAGAGACCAUUCAAGGGACACGUUAUUCCUUAACCUUGCACAGGAAUGAUAUCCAAGACAGAAGAUUUACAAAAAAAAGACAAAACGUCUCGAGUAAUCUGAAUAAUAAUGCUCAGUUUUGAUCAACACUGCCUCAUAGUGACAGGGCUUUCAAAUAGUUUGCUUACGUUACUAAGAUGAGAAGAGCAAGCUAUUGACACACAUCCCAGUACAAAAAAAGUGCAAUUUCGCAACAAUAUUAAUCAGCAUAUUUGUUUUUAUAUUGGUGUUCAAAUAUGAGGAUUAUGAUCUUGUGAAAGUGGAAUUUUUGAGAGGCAGCACAUGAUUUGUAUUAGUGAAUGUGAAUGUUUUUCCUCAUGGUUUGGAAGAGAGGCUAGCGCUUCUCAGUGAGCCAACAAUACAUUUAUUCCAUGUGACAAAUAUUUACUGUUUUUAAUACAGCUUUUAUGUCGAAUCUAUUUCGAAUGAGUUUUAAAAAGUAUGCAAACAAUGCACUUGUUUGAUUCUAAGUGGAGAACAUUUUUUUCCACAUUGGCAUGUUAAUUAUAAAUCAUUAUGACAGCCUCUCUAAUAACCGUGAUAGGAGAAAACUACCAACCGUCCGACAGCAUGAAAAGUGGAUCCAUGCCUGGACGUCCUUCAGUCCCUCUUACAAACUUGGACACUGUGAAAGCGGUGUGGGUCCCGAAAAAAAACACAUUUUAACCUCUGUGCCAAUUUCCCAGCAAGGAAAUGUGUGCAAACAAACAUUUUUUAUACCCAAUGGGUACAAACGAAACUUAACAUGUACUGUAUCGAUUUGUGUGACGUUUGUGUCUCAACACAAUGCAUGAUGGUGUCGCGAUGUACUUUUUCCAACGACGUGCUGCUAACCUUCUCCGUGCCAUAGAAAACUGAUGCAGGGAGGGACGACUGAAUGUAAACAAUUCAUCGAAGUCUUGUUGUGUUUUUUUAAUCCCACUUUUAAUGUUUUAAUAAAUUCUAAAAGAAAGAAAAAAAGCUUACUACAUGACGUGAUGUUGAAUGUGUGUAAAGAAUUAAAACGACGGUGAUGUGCUAACGUUCAGAAAACGUUUUUCAACUUGUUAUGAAGUUCCGAAUCGGCCAGCAGGGGGUGCUACAACACAAAAAGAUAAUUCUGGAGAGACGAGUAUUUGAAGGACAAAAGACCACAUCAUCAAAAUAGUUGAUAAAACAUGUGCGUAAAACGAUUAGGGAGAUGUGUGGGUGAAAUGGAGCCUAUCCCAGAUGACACUUUGGAUUGGUCGCCAGGCGACAAACCACUAUUCACGUUCACAUUCACCUCUAUGGACAACGGAGAGCGUGGAGAAAGCCUGAAAACACCCACAAAGCAGGCCGUGGGUAGAUUAAACUGACAUGGCAACACAAUGAGGCUGAAAUUUGAUUGGAUGAAAAAAAUGUACAUACAAAAAACAAAUGUACAUACCCAGACUGGAAGAAGAGCAGCAGGCGAAACGCUAUGAAAUGUAGAGAACCGACUGUUGGAAAGAGAUCAUUAGUAUUUCAUGGAACAAAUAUGACAAUUUCGGUUGUCACUCCAGUUCACUCUGACGGGUCAAGAGUUGUGGUUGCACUGUAAUAACGCAGAUAACGCAUUAGUCACUGAGAUUAGGUGUGCUGUGUUCUGUGUACAUACAAUCCAUUAAGAGACUGAAGUGUAUACAUGAAGUUAAAAUUCCGUCGUCGUCGGUGACUCAGCGUUCUGUUCAAUCAAUCAUCGGGCAGUGUGUGUGAGGUACUUUUAAGCAAGGAUAUUUAUUAUGCACACAAUGUCAUUUCACUAGACGUCGGUUUCGUGGUGAAGUUUUUCACCGAGGUGUUGUUUUCACAAAAACAAAUCCAGAAGUGAGCCCUUGGCAUCGGCUACAUGGUCCGACUUUUUUUUUUUUUUUUUUUGAGGAGUUGGACUGCUCUGAAAAGAGAUUCGGCACCUUCAUGAAGUAUGUACAUUGUGAAUUGGGGUUUGGGGGGGAACAGAAAUAAUACGAAAACUGACGUUUGGCAAUAAAUAGAUAUACAUCUACGAUACAGAGUGGAAUAAAACAGCUCUCAU